AUGAUGAUUCUGUACUUCUUGUUAUUAUCAUUAGCAUUGUUGGUUUUUAUAGUUGAUUUUCUUUAUUACUAUGUAUUUUGUCCAUUUUAUGAGCCAUUGUCAUUGACUGACUUACGAAACGCACAUGUUAUUGUAACUGGUGGUAGCCUUGAUACUGGCUAUUCAUUAGUGAAAUUACUAUUGAAACAAGGUGCCAAUGUAACAAUAUUAGCACGUAAUCAGCAACGUUUAGAUGAAUGUGAGAAAGAAUUACAACCAUAUAUCAUUGAAUGUAGUGGCCGUUUAUGCUGUUUAUCUGUUGAUAUUGGCUCGUCUUAUGAUAAUGUAGAGCAAACAAUACAAAAAGCUUGUAAACAACAAGGACCAAUAACAAUAUUAAUUAACAAUACUGCUAUAUUUUUUGCUAAAACAUUUGAUGAAACAACAAUUGAAGAAUUUGAACAAAUAACAAAGGUUAAUUAUUUAGGUUAA